GCCAUGGAUAUGGAUACACCAUCGCCGUCAAUGAAAGAUGCAGAACUUGUGUGCCUGUCACAUCCGCCACUUGUAGAAAAGAAGGCCUCAGCAAGGACGCGGAGUGAAGUGUGGGCAUAUUUUGCCUACAUCGCCGGUGAAGACGGGCAGCCAACAGACACAGAAAAACCUGUCUGCAAAAGGUGUUACAAAUCUCUCCAUUGCAAAGCAGGAAACACCAGCAACUUGGCUAAGCAUUUGGCAGACAAUCACCCUGACCUCUACAAUGAGCUGAAAACUCGACAGAAGAAGAAGCAAAUCCAUUCUACAUCAUCCAAAAAUAAACCCACCCAGGCUACUACCAUUAUAUCUGUGCUUGAAAGACAGCGGAAAUAUGGCAAAGACUCCAGGGAAGCGCAGAGACUAAACAAAGCUGUUGCCGAGUACAUCUGCAUGGACCAAGUGCCUGUAUAUACGGUUGAGAAAACUGGAUUCAGAAACCUGGUACAGCAGUUAGACAGAAAGUAUGAUAUGCCUGGGAGAUACUACUUCGUGUAG